AUGGUGGAUGCUUUUACUAAGGCCAGGGAGAAAUUGACGUAUCCUCAAAUUCUCAUUGAAGUAUCAAUGCAGCAAGAAUUUCCAGAGCAAAUCUGGUUUGAAGAUAAGAGUGGAGAGGACAUUGCAUUCUAUGUGUCUUCUGAGUGGAAACCUACGACUUGUGCACAUUGCAAAGGAAUAGGUCAUGAGACCAAGGAUUGCAGGAACAAGGAGGGGAAGAAGUCUGAAUGGGUUGUUAAAAAACCUGCUGUCAAUGCCCGAGAAUUAGUGCAAGUGGAAGGGGAAGAUGGUUUUAUACCAGCAAAGAAAAUAUGGAAGGAGAAGAACAAGGCUCAAUCAAUGGCUAUUGAUAUACCUGUUGCAAACUCCUAUUCUUUAUUGCAGGAACCUGCUGAUGUUGAAUUAGGCCACUCGAAUACAUAA